CAGACGAAAAACCAGGCAGUGUAAAAGCAUAGGAGAAAAAGUGAAUCGUGGCUUCUGCAGCAAAAUCCAAAACCAUAAACCCCUCAACUGUAAUAACUGUCAGAUCACAAUCCCCAAUUGAUAGAAAAUUUGGUAGAAAGAUUGAUCGGGUCGGAUUGGAAUCAGAUCCGAAUGUCAAAGGAUCCGAGUAUGGAGAUACUGCUGCAAGAAUCAGGGUGGGAAGAAUUGCGGAAAGACGCUCGCAAGAUCGAAGGGGAUCUUGAUGUUAAGCUUUCUUCUUAUGCUAAGCUUGGUGCAAGGCUCACCCAAGGAGGGUAUGUAGAAGCUGGUUCACCAACUCUAGGAUCCAGCAGGUCCUGGAAGUCUAUGGAAAUGGAGAUUCAGUCAUUACUUGAGAAGUUACUGGAUGUAAAUGAUUCUAUGAGCAGAUGUGCGGCUUCUGCUGCACCUACCACUUCUGUUACACAGAAGCUGGCAAGGCAUAGGGACAUACUUCAUGAAUUUACCCAGGAGUUUAGGCGUAUUAAGGGAAAUAUUAGCUCAAUGAGGGAACAUGCUGAACUUCUUAGUUCUGUAAGAGAUGAUAUCAGUGAGUAUAAGGCAUCAGGGAGUUCCCCCAAGAUGCAGAUACUGCGGGAGAGAGCUGCUAUACAUGGAAGCAUAUCUCAUAUUGAUGACGUGAUUAACCAAGCUCAAACAACCAGGGCUGCCUUGGGUUCUCAAAGAGCUUUAUUUGGUGAUGUUCAAGGAAAAGUGAAACAAUUGGGUGACAAGUUUCCUAUCAUUCGUGGGCUAAUUGGUUCAAUCAGAAGGAAGAAAUCAAGGGAUACACUCAUUCUAUCUGCAGUCAUUGCUGCUUGCACUUUGUUUCUUAUUAUCUAUUGGCUUUCUAAGUAAUAGAUAUAUUUGUUGAUACAAGAAAGUUCAGAAGAUAAUGUUUUCUAAGGAAUUUUGCGCUUGUAGUCACUGCUAUUUCCCCAAAAGCGAUAAUCUUGAGCUCGUGAUUAAAAAGCCUUUCUGUUUUCUUCUAA